ACAGACGGUAGCCGUAGAAAGUGUUCCGCAUUGUUUUCGGUAAUGUUAAUUAGUUUGUUAAAGCCACAAAACGUUAUAUAGGCUCUACUUCUUUGUAUGUACUAUGAUCAUGUCUUCCACACAUAUGUCACUGCUUCCACGAUUUGUAAAUCAAGUUUUACGCGGGUCACUAUUCAGUAGUGGUGUGAAAAUAAGAAAGUUGGUUUCUCUUGACGGCGCGACCAAAACGACGGACUGUUUGAGGCGGAGGCGUGUUCACACAAACAGCCGAAAUGCCAGUCAUGUGGAACUCACGAGUGUUCGCAAUCCUGGUUUGAAACGCGGCCCGUACGCUACCAUAACAGAUGAAGACAUUGAAGAAUUUAACAAAAUUAUUCCAGGCCAGGUGAUCACCGACCCAAGUGAACUGUCUGGUUACAACACGGAUUGGCUGAAAUCCUGUAGAGGCUCCAGCAAAGUUUUGUUACGUCCUAAAUCAACCAAUGAAGUUUCAGCGAUUCUGCGGUACUGCAACCAGCGUCGACUAGCUGUGGUCCCACAGGGAGGGAACACGGGGCUGGUGGGGGGAAGUGUGCCAGUUUUCGAUGAAAUCAUAUUGUCUACACAACUCAUGAACAAGAUCAUCAGUGUGGAUGAUAUUUCUGGCGCCCUCGUCUGUCAGGCUGGGUGUGUGCUGCAGACUCUCACUGACCAUGUCUCAGAGUUUGGCCUCAUCAUGCCGCUCGAUCUCGGGGCCAAGGGCAGCUGUCACAUCGGGGGAAACGUAGCCACAAACGCCGGCGGAGUUAGACUGCUCAGAUACGGGUCACUGCACGGGUCGGUGCUUGGGAUUGAAGCUGUUUUGGCAGACGGGAAGAUAAUCGACUGUUUGACAACUCUGCGGAAAGACAACACGGGUUACGAUCUCAAACAACUUUUUAUUGGUUCAGAGGGAACUCUUGGAGUCGUUACUGCAGUGUCAAUACUGUGUCCAUCAAAACCAACAUCAGUUAAUGUGGCCUUUCUUGGGUGUAACACGUUUCAAGAUAUUUUGUCGAUAUAUAAAGAAAGUAAAAACAACUUGGCCGAAAUCCUGUCAGCGUUUGAGUUUCUUGACGCAAGUUCUAUGUCUGUUGUCACAGACAACCUCAAACUGACCAAUCCGAUUGCAAGUUCACCGUUCUAUGUUCUGAUAGAGACAGGAGGAUCAAAUGGCACCCACGAUGAAGAAACUCUGAAUGUAUUCCUUCAGAGAGUUAUGGAACUUGGUUUAGUCAAAGAUGGAACAAUAGCCACAGAAUUGAAAAAGAUAACGCAUAUUUGGUCGAUAAGAGACGGAAUGGCAGAAGGUUUGAUGCGCGAUGGUUACUGCUACAAGUACGAUGUCUCGCUGCCACAGUCACAUUUCUACAAGCUGGUCGAAGAUAUGAGAGCGAGGCUUGGCGACAGAGUGCUUCGGGUACUCGGUUAUGGCCAUGUCGGUGAUGGUAAUUUACAUCUAAACGUGACAACACGACACUUCGAUCAGGAUGUGGUGGAUAUGAUAGAGCCGUUUGUGUAUGACUGGGUGGCCAGAUAUCGGGGCAGUAUAAGUGCCGAGCAUGGCAUUGGUUUCAAGAAGAGAAACGUCAUUUUCUACUCCAAGUCACAGGAGGCAGUCUCUCUGAUGGCCGAUCUGAAAAAUAUUGUCGACCCAAACCGAAUUUUAAAUCCUUACAAGUUGUUUCCAGAUCAACAGUGAAUUUUUGUAUGAAUGCAUAAAGCAGUUUCAUACACAGGGCUAACCCUCGGUUCCUUUUCUUGUUCGCUAAAAAUGUUUGCCAAUCUUUAAUUUCUUUAAUUUACAUUUUGGUAUUACAUACUAGUUACUCAGAAGGAAAUCUGUGCGUUAUGAUCUCUUGAAGCUAUUUAUAUAUUAUAUACAGAACUACAGUUGUAAUAACUUGUAUAUUUUUGCAAUCAGUGGAUAUUGCUAUUUAUAUAUUAUAUACAGAACUACAGUUGUAAUAACUUGUAUAUUUUUUUAAAUCAAUGGAUAUUGCCAGUCUCCUAUGUAAGCACAAAUUUCAAGCACAAAAUAUGCAUGUUAAGGGGAGCUAAAAAUGACUCUCCUUGAACUAGUCUCAAGGGAGUGAUAGUGUUAGCUCCCCUUAAAUGGCGACGUCUAGUGAACUUUGUAUAAAUGCAUGUUUCAUGUAUAUUGAAUACUCGGAAGGAAUCUGUGCGAUAUGAUCUCCUGAAGCUAUUUGUAUAUCAUAUUAAUGUAACAUACAAACAGAUCUGCAGAUUUAGUAAACUUGUAUAGUUUUGCCAUCAAUGGAUAUUACCAGUAUCCAAUGUAAUCACAAAUCUCGUUACCAGUUUUAGCCCACAAUUCACGUGUUAAAGGGAGAUUUAAACAAUUUACUCUCCUUGUUAUCUCCCCUUAAUUGGCGAGGUCUGGUGAACUUCGUAUAAAUGCAUUUAUUUUUGCCAUCAGUGGAUAUUGUCAGUAUCCUAUGUAAUCUUUCUUUUAAAUUAUGUCCGUGCUUAUAUCCAAUUAAGGUUCAAGCAUUUUGUCCUGGGCACACACCUCAGCUAUUUUGUUAGUUGUUAGUAGUUAUACAUCUUCAUAAAUCAAGGCUAAUAUU